AUGCUCGUGCACCGUGCGCGCUCCCGGCGGGUCGCGGGGUCUCGCCGAGGAGAGGGUCACAUUGAUCGGGAUUGUGGAGAGAGGACCCUGAAGCAAUGGCUUAACCUGUGGGGUUAUGAGAAAGGGUGGAUCUCCAACCUCCAACAAAUCCGGGCCCCCCCUCCGCAUCCGCAUCCACCCACUCCCCCCCGACUGAACUCCCCAAUCCCUCCCACCGGAGAGAAAGGCGUGCGCCUGCUCUGUCGCUCUGGGCUCGGCUUGAAUGCAUCACCCCGGGGCGCUGCUUGGACCAAUUGUGUGGAUCUGAGGCGCGGACACAAUCGAAGAGAUGCACAGGGCACACAACAGCCGAGGACGCGCUCUGAGAAGGGGGGAAUAAAGGCACAAAAGAGGCGAGCGGAGGACCAAAGAAAGACACAAUAA